AUGUGCACGACCGUAUUUUACAGUGAUAACGGUAACUUGAAAAAGAUUCUAUUCAGAAUCGCAAAGGAGUAUGCCUAUGAUAUGGACUUUUAUCAUUUCCACCAAGCGCGUCGAACAAUGUGGUCAUUUGCGUCUAGUUUUCAUGAAGCGACACAAGAAGAGCGCAUUUAUCACCUUCAAGAGGCCAAUGAACAGUUGCAAAAAAUUCUUGAGCCAGCUCCUGUCGAAGAUUACGAUGCAAUACCAUACGAAGAAUUGUUAGAACGGUACAAUUUCAUCCAAACACGAAGGGAUAAAGUGAACAAACUUUUUGGCGACAGAAGAAGGAGACCUUACACUUUUAAGGAAUAA